AUGUUAGGUGCUACCAAUAUUGCUGCCUCCGGUGCUGGUGGCGGAGGGGGGAAACCCUCGAAGAAGCCAGGCAAGACUCCUGCUGACAAAGUCGCGGAGCUUGUCAAUCGAAAGACACCGGAGGCACUCGCAGUCCUGAAGAAGGCUCUUAAGGCGUACCAAACGAGCGUAGGUUCUCUUCAAGACGCGUCAUCGUCGCCGCUUAGCGGUGGCUCGAAGCCAGAAGGAGAUCUUCGAGUAUAUCGUGUAGGAAGGCUAACCUCCUAUCUCCGGAAGGCUGCUAACCACAUUCUAGAGCUAAAGAUUUCGGCUAAGGCUAAGGCCACCGCCCUAUCCGAACCCGCCUAUAUUACUAACGAUAAGGCCACUUUUAACGCGGCUAUUCCUAACGCGGCUAAAGGGCCCGUUAAGAGGCAAAGUAAGGGGCAGCUUAAGGGCACAGAACAAGAGGCCGCGGACCUCAUUACCUUCCCUAUGUUAGAGAUGUUAAUCGCCCAGCCCCCAGAAGAGGAGUGGCUUAUUGAGUUCUCCGAUUCCGAGUAG